GAGGACGUACAUUACGUUAGAGCCUGCGUAUUUCCGCGCUGCGCCAUUUCACAGCGGAUCUGAUCCAGGAAUCAAACAUACACGGUCAGAAACACGCGACAUUGACGAUUGAGCCAUGCAUCGCGACUGCCCUCUGGACUGCAAAGUGUACGUUGGGAAUCUUGGGAAUAAUGGGAACAAGUCCGAGCUGGAGAGGGCGUUCGGCUACUACGGGCCCUUGAGGAGCGUCUGGGUGGCCAGAAACCCUCCUGGUUUUGCGUUCGUCGAAUUCGAAGACCCUCGUGACGCCACAGACGCCGUCAGAGAACUAGAUGGACGGACUCUCUGCGGUUGCCGAGUGAGGGUGGAGCUGUCCAAUGGCGAGAAGCGGACUCGUAACCGGGGUCCGCCUCCAUCCUGGAGCCGACGUCCACGCGACGACUACCGAAGGCGUAGCCCGGCAGCCCGGCGCAGAUCGCCCAGGAGGAGGAGCUUCAGUCGCAGUCGUAGCAGAUCUCUUUCCAGAGAGCGCAGGAGGGAGAGAUCGCUGUCCCGUGACAGGAACCACAAGCCAUCGCGAUCUUUCUCACGAUCGAGGAGUCGUUCCAGAUCUAAUGACCGGAAAUAAAUCACGACACAGAGAAAAGCGUCGUGACGGGAAAUCGUCGAUCAAAAACUUUGAAAAGACUGUAUUGCUCGGAGUCCCCCAUUUAUUAUUUUUUUUUUAUGAACAUUAUUUUAGCGGUUCUGUUUCCUUCUGUAGCUGCAGUUUUAAUGCGACGGCAUUCCAUCUCACACUUUUAAGACUUAUUUGUGUUUUUGCCGGUGAAUGUGAUUGGUCCUGCUGCGAUGAGCUCAUUUCCUGUCGCCUGAGCUCGACCGCUAGCGUUUUGCUUUGUGUUUGUGUGCGAUCAGAGGGGGAAGAUGUAGCGACACUGUGUCGCCAGCAGGGGGUGGAAUGAACAGCUUUCAUUCUCAUUUGUUUUUUUCCUUGUAGUGUUUGUACUGUUUAUAAUGUUGAUUUGAAUUAAAACUCAUUACAAAAAAA